UCGCAAUUUCCCGCUCUCGGCUCUCUCAAAAGCUCGUACUCUUCUCUUCUCUCUCUCUCUCUCUCUCUCUCUCUCGAAGAUGUUGAUCGGAAUGAAGGCAUGGAUCUUCGCUGUGAUCCUGAUGUUAUCUCUCUUCAUUUCCUUCACAAACCCUAGAGGCGAAUCCCACAAGGGGGGUUUUACUCUCUCUUUCACUACCACCCAAGACUUUGACGACGACGGCCCUUUGAUUUCCCUGCGCGAUUCCGAUUCCGAUUCUGAUCCCGAUUCCAUUCCCGAUGUGGCCUUCGCUUCCUAUUCCGAUGCAAUCCAAGACUUCGAUUCCGAGAAGAUGACCGCCACCUCCACCGCUUCGGGUCUCGUCUACGAUUUCUAUAGGAACACUUGCCCCGAUGCCGAAAGGAUUGUGAGGUCGUCCAUGGCUCAGCUGUAUUCCCAGCACAAGAAUGUCUCUGCCAAUAUUCUUCGCCUCUUCUUCCAUGAUUGUUUCAUUCAGGGUUGUGAUGCGUCAGUCCUCUUGGAUGAUAGCUUUGGUAACAAAAGCCAACGCAUUGAGAAGCAAGCAAUUCCGAAUAAAACCCUGAAAGGCUUCGACAAAGUCGAUCAUAUCAAAGAGGAGCUAGAAAAAGUUUGUCCAGGGGUGGUUUCUUGUGCUGACAUUCUCUCUCUUGCCACUAGAGAUGGCAUAGUUCUGGCUGGUGGUCCCUUUUAUCCAGUUUUUACCGGUAGGAGGGACAGCGUUAGGUCCUACUACAGUGAAGCACUAGCUGAGAUUCCAAGACCUGACGAUAACAUAACUCAGACACUUCAUCUAUUCUCAGUCAGAGGUUUCAAUGAAAGAGAAACAGUCAGUCUUCUAGGAGCACACAACAUUGGGAAGAUCAGCUGUGAAUUCAUUGAAAACCGGCUGAGAAACUUUAAAGGUACAGGGCAAGCAGACCCAAGUAUAGCUCCAGAUUUCCUCAAGGAGAUGAGGCGAAAUUGUGGAAACGGAGACAGCACAAGCGAUGUUGGAUCUCCUUCACCGAUGCCAUCGAAGGACAUAAGUGAAUCUGAGUUUGGGAUGUCAUAUUUCGAGCAAUUAUCAUCUUCUAUGUCAUCUGGUUCAAGUUUUGAUACUCAUUACUACCGGAGCUUGUUGAAGGGUCGAGGUCUUCUGUUUGCUGAUCAGCAAUUGAUGGCUGAUGAGAAGACAGCAAGGCUGGUAAGAGCAUAUGCUUCUGAUGAUGGAAGCACCUUUAGAAGGGACUUUGCCUGGGCAAUGCUGAAGAUGUCCAACCUCAAUGUUCUUACCGGAACACAAGGACAAAUCCGACUGAACUGCUCUUUGCCUCUUGUCCAGUCUUUACUCAACCGUAGUCCCCAGCAUUGAGCUUUUUUGCCAUGCUGCUUUCCUUUUUAAGUUCUUCAGAUACAGCCUUUUGUUUUGCUUAUAUUGUGAAAAAAAAAAUUAUAGAGAGCUGUGGAUUAGGCGGAGUUUUAAGUGUACAUGAUCAGGCGGUUUUGUCUUGUAAAACAAAAGCAGUUUAAGAAAGAUGUUUCAUAUU